AUGGAGAUUUGGCGGACUCUUAUACCUCUUCGGAUGUUCUUCCAUGAUUAUUUCAGCAUGGGCCCAUUCAUGAAGAGAUACUAUGUUACGUUAGUAGAAGUUGGGAUGGCUUACAGCACCAUAAAAAAGCAGAGACAAAUAUGGGAAAACAUCAAGCAUUCAACUAUACAAAUUAACAUACAAAAUUCGACGCUUGAUUAUGAUGGAAAUUCUUGA